AUGUCAUGGGAACGGCCAUCAACAAUGAAUUAUAUCAAGUUGAUGUGUGAGAAAGUGCCAAAUGACAGUACAUGGUCGAUUGAAACUACUAUCAAUUCGGAAAUGCUCAGUAAAAUGGGAAAGGAAUCAGAAAUUCAUAAGUUCUCCGCUAAUUCGACACCGGAAGUCAUAUUGAUUGAAAUCUAUUGGGAUGACUUGAAGAAAUAUGUUGUGAAUAAUCAUUUGGAGGUCGAAAUCAAUGUGAAGAUCAAUGAAAUCAAAAAAGGAAAAGUUUAG